GCCAUUUUGAGGGCGGGGCUACCAGGUUGUCAAAGAUGGAGGACGGGGGUGGCUCGGUCUCCGACGUGGAGGUGUGCAACCUGGCCUACUUGGGCCGCCUGGAGGAGUUGAAGGAGCGGCUGGGAAACAACCGGAGCUUGGCCACCAAAGUCGACCAGGAUAACAGGACGGCCCUGCACUGGGCCUGCUCCGCUGGGCAUCCAGACAUUGUGGACCUCUUGCUGAGCCUGGGAGCUCCUGUGAAUGACAAGGACGAUGCCGGAUGGAGCCCUCUGCACAUCGCUGCUUCAGCCGGCCGGGAGGAGAUUGUGAAAGACCUUUUGAAAGAAGGUGCUCAGGUCAAUGCUGUCAACCAAAAUGGCUGCACUCCACUGCAUUACGCCGCUUCCAAAAACAAGCAGGAGAUUGCGCUCAUGCUGCUAGAGAACAAGGCCAAUCCGGAUGCAAAGGACCACAUGGGCUCCACUCCAUUGCACAGAGCGGCCUCCAAAGGGAACCUGAAGAUGAUACAGAUCCUUUUGAAGCACAAAGCAUCUGCCAAUCUGCAGGAUUCGGAAGGAAACACGGCCCUCCAUUUAGCCUGCGAUGAAGAGAGAGUGGAUGAAGCCAAGCUUUUGGUGUCCCAAGGUGCAAGUAUCUACAUUGAGAACAAAGAAGAAAAGACCCCCCUUCAAGUUGCCAAAGGCGGCCUGGGAUCUAUCCUGAGGAGGCUUGCUGAAGGUUAGCCAUUGCAGCAAACUGAAGACUGUUCACUGGGUUGUUUUUGGUUUGGGAUUGAUUUUAACUAUCACAACUUGAUUUUUUUUGUUCAUUAUCUAACUGUGAUUCCUACACCUUCAGUGGACAACCUUUUUAUUUGUACAUUUAUGAACACUUUUAAACAUUUAUUUGUACAUGUGGCAGCAUUGGAGUUAAAGCCCUAUUUUUCUACAGAAGAUAAACCCUUGGCAACCGUCUUUCCAUUUGGAAGCUAUUAAUCUUGCUCCAUGGCAGAUCGCUGUCUUACAACUGUGUGAUCCUCCAGAUAUUGUGGGACUCAAACUCUCAGCAUUACUACCUUCUCCAAAGAUUAUGGAUUCUCUUGACAUAAAACGCAUCCUUUGCAACAAUCAUUUCUGCCCUAUGCCUUAUAUAGGAGAUUAUCAGGGGUUUAACUCAGCUAAAGCAAUGACAGGCCUAGUAAAAUGGCUUGAAGUAGAAGCUUUACUUCCAAGUAAAUUUCUAUGGCAACCUAAAGGUUAAGGUCUGUCAUAAAAACCAACUUCAGUGGACCAUUUACUUAAAAAGAUAUUCCUCUCUUUUCUGCUUCUUAUUGGUGGGGAGGGCCUAGCUUUGGGAUACAAUAUGGAUUUCAGUUGUUAGGAUCAACUUGUAUUGACUCCUUUCUGCUACCUUCCUAGCUCACUGUCUCAAUCGUUUUGAGCAGUGUGCGUUAAUGCUUUGUACAGUUGGAGUGAUUUUUUUGCAUCCUAAGCUGCUUAGAAUAAAAUACGCUUUGCCCCUUAAA